CCAACGGAUCAAAGUGUUCAAAACCGCUUCAAAUACAAAUUCCCUCCAGAGUCCCGCCUCCUAAAAACCACUGCUUUAUAAACACCACAGCCUCAAUUUUCAACUAAGGCGGCGGUUUCCAAUGUCGAAUUCCCAUCCGCCGGACCUGCCUCCAAAAUCGAAACUCCGGCAGCUUUCCGAGCAGCGGUGGUCAUGUUCACUGGAUAUUGAGAAGGAUACAAACAACCACAACCACGUCUCAAUUUCAGACCAAAUUGAUGGUGUUCCAAUCUCCAAUUCCCAACUGCAGCCACCACAGCUGCGGUUCCGGCGGCUCUUCAAGCAGCGGUCGUGGUCGCCAGACACCGAGAAGGAGGAGGUGUGGCUUCGGCGAAAAUCCAAUUCCCGUAUGUGCAACAAGGGUAGUCUUACAGACGAAGAUCUUGAGGAGCUAAAAGCGAGCUUUGAAUUAGGAUUCGGAUUCAAACCUGACUCGCCUGAUUUGGAUCCAAAAUUGUCUGAUGCUUUACCUGCUUUGAGGUUUUAUUGUGCUGUUAAUAAGGAGUAUACUAAUAGUUUAUUGAGAUCGUCGUCUUCCUCCUCAAUUUUGUCUGACAGUGAUAGUUCAAGUACUUGUAGCUCCUCCAUUCUUGAUUCAGGUGAUGAUUCGGAGACGGUGAAGAUGAAAUUGAAACAGUGGGCUCGAGUCGUUGCUUAUUCAGUGCGGCAGGUUUCAGGGAAACCCAAUUAAUUCUUUAAGGAUUUGAAAUGUUUUUUUUGAUAAAAUUUAAGGAUUUGAAAUUUAGAGUAAUAUGUAAUGUAAUUUAAUUUUUUUAUUAAUUGUUAAUAUAAA